AUGGAUGUCUUUCGCAGGAACAAUGCGCUGAACCUCAAUGACAACACCGUUAAUGGUGCGACGGCAGACAUUGCCAUUACCACACAUGGAUCCGACUUCUACUUCGCUAUCUGCGCCGCCAUGGGUCUUUCUGGAUUCAUCUUCAUCGGUCUUGGAUACCGCAAGGCGCGUCGCGACCGCCUUUUCCACUACAUCACUGCUUCCGUUGUCUUCGUCGCAUGCAUCGCCUACUUCACCAUGGGAGCCAACUUGGGCUUCACACCCAUCGCAGUCGAAUUCCCCCGUAGCGACCCCAAGGUAGCAGGAACCUACCGUUCGAUCUACUACGUCCGAUACAUCGACUGGUUCAUCACUACGCCUCUUCUGCUCAUCGACUUGCUCCUCACUGCCGGCAUGCCAUGGCCUACCAUCAUGUGGGUUGUUGUCGUUGAUGAGAUCAUGGUCAUCACUGGUCUUAUCGGUGCUCUCGUAGAGAGCCGUUACAAGUGGGCUUACUUUGUUUUCGGCUGCGUCGCUCUCUUCUACAUCGUCUACCAGCUCGCAUGGGAAUCGCGCAUCCACGCCAAGUCAUUCGGCCGUGAUGUCGAGAGGACCUUCAUGAUGUGCGGAAGUUUGACUACUUUGCUUUGGAUCUUGUACCCAGUCGCAUGGGGAGUGUGCGAGGGCGCCAACCUCAUCGCUCCUGACAGCGAAGCGGUCUUCUACGGCGUCCUUGACUUCUUAGCCAAGCCCUGCUUCGGUGCCCUCCUUCUGUGGGGCCACAGGAGCAUCGACCCUGCCCGUUUGGGUCUUGCCAUCCACGACUACGGUGAUGCCGACGCUGUCGUUCAGGAGAAGAAGAUCAAGCCUGAGACUGCUGCCUCAGGCGCAACUGCCACCCACCCCGAUGGCUACAACGGCACUGCUCCUCACGUGGACAACACUGUCUAA